AUGAAGUUAACGAAUCUGUUCAGAUCAGUCCUCAAGUACCGAAAAACAAAUCUGAGCUUACUUUUGUUGAUCACCUAUGUUGUUAUUGCAGUACUCUACGUUUUCGACCAUGAGUAUUAUAAAUUUAACUUGCCAAAAAAAGAUGAACAACCCGAAUUUAAUGAACUGUUAGAAACGGCAUGGACAGAUUUACAAACUAUUACAGCUUCUUUCCAUCCGUAUACGUCUAGAGAUAAUGACAAAGUUCAUGAUUACUUACUAAGCAGAGUUCAGGAGAUUACAAAAAAUGUUUCCUUCGCAAGCAUUUCCGAUGAUAAUGAUAGUAAAAGAUCGAUACUAUUUCAACAGCGGGACGUUUUCAAUGCGUCCUCUGAUAUCUCAAGAGUGAUUUAUUUUGAAUCUUCCAACAUUUUAGUCAAGUUAGAGGGACAAAAUCCCGACCAAGAAGGAUUACUUCUAUCAGCUCAUUUCGAUUCUGUGCCCACAGGCCACGGGGCUACGGAUGACGGCAUGGGUGUGGCUUCUUUAUUGGCGAACCUCGAAUAUCAUAUCAGGCAUAGACCGGACAGAACCUUAAUCUUCAACUUUAAUAAUAAUGAAGAGUUUGGCCUGUUGGGAGCAUCGGCGUACUUUAAUCAUCCAUGGUCCGUUCUAACUAAAUACGUCAUAAACUUAGAAGGAACUGGUGCUGGUGGUAAAGCAGUGUUGUUCAGAACAUCCGAUACUUCAACUGCAAAGAUAUAUCAGCAAUCGGUUAGAGCUAACCCAUUUGGUAACUCUAUUUAUCAACAAGGUUUUUAUAGUGGAUAUGUCAGAAGUGAAACGGACUACAAGGUUUAUGAACAAAAUGGCAUGAGAGGUUGGGACAUUGCAUUUUAUAAGCCCAGAAAUCUUUAUCAUACCAUGAGGGACUCUAUACAGUACACUUCCAAGGCAUCUUUAUGGCAUAUGCUACAUACCUCUUUGCAAUUAAGUUCGUACGUGGUGUCUAAUUCACUAGACACGGAGGAUCAAACACCUGCUUGUUAUUUCGAUUUUAUCGGACAGAGUUUCUUUGUUAUGAGUUCCAAGACAUUAUUUUACUGGAAUUGUGUAUUUUUGUUAAUUUCACCCAUUGUCGUAAUCGGCCUGUAUCUAAUUUCCCGGGAUAGGAUGACUUGGAAAUCCUAUUCUUGGCUUUCGUGGAUGCGCUUUCCACUUUCAUUGUUAUUGGGUAUUGUUACUGAAAAGAUUUUCUCCAACGUUGUAACACGUAUAAACCCUUUAACGUUUUCGAGAAACUACUUUUGGCCUCUUUCAGUGUUUUUCACUGAAGUACUCUUGGCCAAUUACAUUGUAAUCAAUUUAUUGAAUCGCUUUUCCCCUUGUAACGAUAUGAAAAGUUUAUCAAUUAACGAACUGUUUAUCAUCUUAUGGGUCACUUUAUUGUUUACGUCGAAAAUGUUGUAUAGUUCUGGAUACAAGUAUACAGGCCUUUAUCCACUCUCGGUAUUGUUUAUACUAACUACUGGGGCUGCUAUAUUGAGGCUGUUAGGAUCUGCAUUGAGGCCAAAAGGAGGAAAGGGGCAUGGCAGAGAAUUUAUGGAUCACCACUCUGGUUAUAGCUCUCACUCUCAAAUAGAUAUCGAAGAAGAAAACCACGAGGACACUCAACAGUUCCAAAAUCAAUCCGCAUCGCUGCAGGACGAACAAACGAGUAUACAAGAGGAUAAUCGAUCAACCACUCUUUCUGGGGCGCCACUUCACGUUAACGAUGAUCAGGACACUGAUUCAGAACCACCACAACAUGAUGAAAGGGCACCUUUAUUAAAGAGAUCCAGUCACAUCAAUAACCUACCAAAUACUAUAGAAGCUUCUUCAAAACCAAAAUACAUCGACUAUGCAUGGAUUAUACAAUUUUUAGUAAUUGUACCAUUAUCGUCAUUCAUUCUGUUCAGUAGUGUGGAUGCUAUUAUGGAUGCGCUAAACCAAACUGUCCAGGAAGGGAAUAAAGCUACACUUGACAUAAUUAAAUUUGGGAUGAUGGGUAGUAUUUUAAUCGCACUACCAAUUUUACCUUUUUUUUACAAAGUCAACUAUAUGACUAUAUUAUUGACUGUACUACUUUUCUUGAUUUCCAUAUCAAAAACACUUUUGGAACCACCGUUCACAAAUAACAAUCCAUUAAAGGUAAGAUUCUCUCAAAAUAUUAAUUUGUCCCAUGGCGAUGAUGCUAAUGUACAUGUCCUAGGAAGAGAAGGAAAUUUUUUGAAACCAAUGCUUGAGGAUUUACCAAGUAUAAAGCACAGCUUCACACCAAUAAACUGUAAUACUAUUGCAAAUGGAAUGGAGCUUUGCACGUAUGACGGAAUGAGGCCAAACUUAUUGAGCUCAAAUUGGAAAACGAACAUCAGUGACAUGCUGAAGAUCCAUAUUCUACACGAUAGUCGAAAUUCAACUAACAGAUCCCCUUACGAACCAAUAGUUGCGGAGCUGCUUCUGGAGGUGAAAGAGAAUAGAGCAUGCACGUUAUCGUUUAAUGGUAAGUCCCAUGAAAAAUCGCCUGUUAGAGAAGUUACAGUUUACCAAGGCAGAAGUUCUACUUUGCAGGGCUCAAAUACUUCAAAAACGAUCAAAUGUAGUUCUGGCAUAGAUGAAUUGCAAUUGCAUAAACUUGACUUCGAUCAAGAAAGUUAUCGAAUCGGGGUCCAGUGGUUCCCAAAAAUCUUAACCGACAACAAUAUAGAAGAUGAUAAUCUGGAUACAAAAGACGAGCUAUCCGUAUCGAUUAGUUGUUAUUGGGGAGAGUAUGACUCGGAUUCAGUUGUGAAUGGUACUGCUGUUAGGAAAAUCCCAGCAUUUGACGAAUUAUUGAAUUAUGCACCACCAGCUUUUUCAUUUACAAACGAGCAAAAGGGGCUAGUGAUUGUUCAAGACGCUGUAACCUUAUAA